UGUCUCCUUUCCUAUAAAAGUCGAAAAUUACCGACUACAUACUGAUAAAAUGUCACCCGACGCGUACACGAAAGACGUUUUCAUCGUAAAUCGAUGGAUCCUUCGUUGUGCCGGCCUCUGGAAACCCAGCAGCCCGUCAAAAUUCAUCCAAAUCCCCUACAAAAUCUACGCAAUAAUCGUAUUCCUCUUCGUGAACUUGUAUUUCACAUCCACCGAAUUCUUCAGCCUCUUCUACACCUACAAGAACUUGGACGACUUCAUCAAAAACGUCAAUUUCUUCCUCACCCAUUUCAUGGGCGCCGUGAAGGUAACGUUUUGGUUUUUCCAAGGACACGUCCUCAGACAGCUCAUGGAAACCCUAGAAAGCCCCGAGUUUCAGUACAAAGGUUGCGAAGGUUAUCGCCCUGGCGAAAUCUGGGCCAAGUACCGCAAAACCGGGUUCAAGUACACGUUGGGGUUUUUGAUGUUGGCGCAUAUGACGCUGUCUUCGUCGUACGUGCCGCCGCUGGUGACGGCGGCAUUCCAUCCCCCGGUUUACGGAAACGAGACGAGUGCCUUUUAUUACAGACUUCCGUACUUUAGUUGGAUGCCCUUCAGCCAUUUGACGCCCGGGAUGUAUUUAUUGGCGCUGGGCUAUCAAGCGGGACCCAUGUUUUCUUACGCCUAUAGCAUUGUUGGGAUGGACAGUCUUUUUAUGAAUAUAAUGAAUUUUAUUGCGGCGCAUUUGACGAUUUUACAGGGGGCGUUUAUGACGAGUCGCAAGAGGGUGGAAGAGGGGGUUGGAAAGUCGAGGAAUUUGCAUGAAGUGAGCAGGGAAAUGAACAAUGAGAUGAAAAAGAAUUGCCGACACUUGCAGACUAUUCUCAGAGUGUGCGAAGACCUGGAAAACGUACAUCGAUACCUAACCCUAGGCCAGGCAACAGCCACCCUUUUUAUCCUCUGUACCUGCUUGUACUUAAUUUCAACGACUCCUGCCAGUAGCAAGCAAUUUUACGCCGAAAUGGUGUACAUGGUGGCUAUGGGAUUCCAGCUUUAUCUCUACUGCUGGUUUGGUAAUGAAGUCACUUUAAAGGCCAGCGAAAUUCCUCUUUACAUAUGGAGCGCUGAGUGGUUUGAGUGUGAUCGGGCGUUCAAAGGAAAUAUGAUUUUUACUAUGACCAGGAUGCAGAAACCCAUUUAUAUGACAGUGGGGAAGUUCGCACCUUUGACACUCCAAACGUUCGUUUAUAUUAUUAGAACGUCGUAUUCGAUUUUUGCGGUGAUUAAAAAUACCAGUUUGGGAGAUUAGGAUGUCGUUUUCUGGAACUGGGAAAAGAAAGUUGACGUGUCGGCUAGUUUAUGGUGUUUACUGUUAAUAGUCUCGAAGGAUAUCUUUACCUACCUACAACUUCACUAUCGUGUUCUAAGAUAAGAUUAGUUAGUUAUUGUGGGGUGUUCUCCGCCCCGUUGUAAAGCAGUACUAAGUAUUUAUUUAUUUAAGAGAUAAUUAUUUCGGGGUAGAAUGAGUCAUCCUUGACCUGUUUGAACAUGUACGUAUCUCACAAA